CUCUUCUCCUUUUACGCCUGAUCUGGUCAUUUCCCCUCCCCCCACGCUGACCCCUCCCCGUUCUCCGUGCAGACCCGAAAAGAGACGCUCCAACAAUGUCGGCAGGUCAGACUUACUACGAGUUUUACCGCAAUUCCAGCAUUGGGACGGCUCUGACUGAUGCGCUGGACGAGUUGAUCACGCAGGGCGAUAUCCCGCCUCAAUUGGCUAUGCGAGUCUUGCAGCAAUUUGACAAGUCCGUAACGGACUCUUUGCAGCAAAAGGUGAAAGCCAAGACUACCAUCAAAGGACAUUUAUCGACUUAUAGACUUUGUGAUGAUGUGUGGACGUUUGUGGUAAAGGAACCGCAAUUCAAGAUGGAGGGUAUCGGUGCUGGAUCGGAGAUGGUGACCGGCCCCAAGAUCAAGAUCGUAGCGUGCAAGAGCGGCGAUGCGGCUGACAACACGAAGAAGGGGAGUAAGGAGUAAGACCAUCGAAUGGGGACUGGGAAGAGGAAUGAGGCGUGUGUAACUCUGGAGUCUGGAGCAAGCGUGGGCUAGAGAUGCUGGGGAAUCUGUAUAAUACGCUACGUCACUUAUCUUGUAUGCAACUCCUUAGUAUG